UUCAUUUUACUAAUAAAUUUAUAUUUAAAAACUUAAAAAAAAAAUUAACAAUGCUUAAGAAUAUCUCGUUAAUUCUAUUAUGUACUCUCUUGAUUGCAGUUACAAUUGGUGAAGCGAUAGAGAACACUUGUGAAUUCGGUAAAUAUGGAACUAAUUGUUCUGCAGGUUGCGAUUGUAACCAAAAUAGAUCAGCCGGAAAUUGCUCUUACUUCGGGAAUUGUUAUUGUCUCGAUGGUUACUGGGGCAACAAAUGCCAAAGAAGAUGCGAUAGUAACUGUCCUUUGAAGUGCAAUCGUGUAGGUCACUGCAUAUGUGAAGAUUUUAUGUAUGGACAAGAUUGUGACAGAGUCUGCCCAUGUGAUCGCAAUGUUUCGUCUGGCUGUAAUAUCCUUGGUAGAUGUCUAUGCAAAAUUAUCCCUGCCAAUGAAACUCGAAAUGGUAGUUUAUGUUCCGACAAUGAAUUUUGCGAUGAACAUGGCGAAUGUCAAUGCAAAGAUUGGAAAUAUGGGCCUCAAUGUGAUCGAGAAUCAACUUGCAAUAGGAAUAAUUCGAUUUCAGCGUACAUCACAGGAACUUGUGACUGUAAAGAGGGUUACUAUGGCGAUAAUUGUGAAUCAGAAUGUCCCACCGAUUGUCAAAAUUCGUUCUGGCACAAUAGCUGCGAUCAUAAUGGGACAUGCAAUUGUAGGCCAAACUAUUAUGGGUCGAAAUGCGAAAACGAGUGCAACUGUACAGGUAAUAGGUACUGUGAUUCUAGAGGAAGAGGCAUACAUCCCGAUUGGUAUUACUUACCUAAUUUAGAUUUAAGAAUAUCACGUGAAUGAAGAGAAGCAUAGUGAUAAGAAAAAAAAUCUUAAUAAAUAAUAUGAAUCAAAAUAUUCUGGGAAAUUUAUCAUUUUCAUGAUCAUAAUUAUAUAUAUGUUAAAAUUUACCA